AUGUUCAAGCGAUCCUGGCUUCCGCCUCUGAAGGCCUUACGGUCUCAUAGCUGGGUGAGAUGGCGGAUCGAAUAAUAGAGGUGCAGCGAUUCCAGCCACCUUCCGUUGCCAAGAUCUCCUCAUCUUCAUCGUCAGUGAAUGAAAAUUUAGUGAAACAGGUUUCGUCCAUGGCGGAUGACAUGGCCUCCCUUAAAAUACAGCUCGACCGCAUAGAUUCCAGUCGCUCACACAGCCGUCGUCGUUCUCGUUCGCGACAUCGGACUGCUGAUACUUGAUGGUAUCACACUAAUUUCGGCGUAAAGGCCCGUCAUUGUUCCUCACCCUGAUCUUCUAAACCGAAACAGGGAAACCAGUCAGCCAGAGAAUAGAUGCGACCGUUUUUUCUGGCUGUUCCGGUUCUGGUCGCACCUUCUAUGUUUCCGACACUGCGACUCGCAGACGUUUUCUUGUGGACACUGGAGCCCAAAUCAGUGUUGUUCCCCCAACUGCAGCUGAUCGUCGUUUCCCUAGCCCUGGUCUUCAUCUUCAAGCUGUUAACUGUUCCCCCGUUCCCACUUUUGACAGUCGUCCCUCAACCUGAACAUUUGCUUUCGUCGGUUAUUUGCCUGGAUCUUUUUGAUUGUUGAUUUCCCACACAAUCCUCGGCUCGGACUUUCUUGCCGAGUUCGAACUCCUUGUUGACUGCCGACGUGCCCGUCUCCUCGACCGCACUACCGGUUUGUUUUUUCGUGGACUAACUCCCUUUACUGCCCUUACCAACUUAUCUGUCUUGAAUACGGAUUUUGCUAGUCCUUUUCGGCAACUGCUGCUUAGUCAUCCCAACAUAAUUAACCCACAGAUUCGCAGUGGUGAAGUUCAAAAUGAUGUUGUGCACCACAUCCGCACCUCAUGUCCUCCUGUGUAGCUCGACCGAGACGACUAUCACCGGAGCGUUCUCAGGACGCAAAGGCGGAGUUUGAACACAUGCUGCAAUUGUGAAUAUUUCGACCUUCCGAGAGCCCUUGGGCGUCUCCACUGCACGUGGUGCCCCAGGCAACAUCGGGCGACUGGCGAUCCAGUGGCGACUAUCGUGCCCUCAACAGCGCUACCAUUCCUGAUCGGUACCCCGUGCAUCAUCUUCAGAACUUUGCUGGAGCCCUUUUUGGCAAAGCGGUUUUCUCGAAGAUUGAUCUGGCGCGUGCUUUUCAUCAGAUUCCAGUCGCCCCUGCGGACAUCCCUAAAACCGCCGUCACCACACCCUUCGGUCUCUUUGAGUUCGUCCGCAUGCCGCUUGGUCUUCGUAAUGCCGCUCAAACGUUCCGAAGGUUCAUUGGCCAUGUAUUGCGUGGCCUACCCUUUGUGUACGCCUACAUUGAUGACCUCUUAAUGGCCAGCCGGAAUGAAGAAGAACACAAAGAACACCUUUCCUUGGUGUUUGACCGCCUUGACAAGUUUGGCGUUGUCAUCAACCCCUCCAAGUGCGUGUUGGGUGUGCCUUCGCUGGAGUUCCUUGGUGACAAGGUCGAGUCUAAAGGUUUGCGAUCCCUCCCAUCCUAGGUUGAAGCAAUUCGUAAUUUUCCUCCUCCAACUUCCAAUCGUCAGUUACAGCGAUUCCUCGGCAUGGUCAAUUUUUACUGUCGGUUCCUACCAAACUGUGCUGACCUCAUGCUGCCGCUCACCAACAUGUUUUCUUGUCCCAAAGGUCCCCUCGAGCUAACUGGUGAAACACUAACUGCUUUUGAGAGAAUCAAGAAUUCCCUUGCUGAUGCUACCUUACUCACACAUCCCGCUCCCGAAGCUCAGCUGUCUCUGAUGGUAGAUGCUUCGACCGUAGCCGUAAGUGCAGUCCUUCAACAACGCAUUGCUGGUUAGACUCGACCACUUGCCUUUUUCUCCAAAAAAGCUCUUACCAGCUGAGACACGAUACAGUACCUUUGGCGUGAAGUACUUGCCACUUACCUGGCUGUGAAGCAUUUCCGGCAAUUCCUUAGUACUCAGUCGUACAACCCAAAUUUAUGACUAUUGUGAAAAGAGCAACGCAUGUGGGAAAUUCGAUUUACAUUUUAUGAGGCAACCUACCAAUUGCAAAUCAUGCCAAGGUAUGUUUGACGAAAAAACUAAUGCUUGUCCCUUAAUGCUUUAAAAUGUAGGCGUGGCCAAUGUAUGUGUACGUGGUGGCGCAAACAACCCACAUUACUUAUAAAGGUAAGCUUUCGAAUAAUUCCGAAAUAUGCAAAAUAUUUCCAUUGAGUGAUUCACCGACUCGAUAAAAUUGUGGCCGAAAUUCUAAAAGGUGUCUCCAAUUAUGAAGGAUUAUUAAGGUGAGGUUGAUAUAGUAAUUGGCGCUGACCGGUAGUUCAUAAGGAACUAAUUCGUUCCGUUGUGCCUUAUGGCUUCUCUUCCGAGUCCAACCAGGAGACGCACAGCGGUGCAUGAUAUAGACAUAAUGACAUUACCGACAAAGGCAAGAAAGACUAGAAUGGCCAUUUUUGGCUUAUUAGACGUCGUCAACCAGUCAUACCCAACCCCGAAUUGUGGAAGUCUUGAGACUCCAACACACGGCCUGUUUAUUUGAAGUCCACGCCUGUAACCACUGAGACACCAGCCCGUGGCCGUGUCGGUUUAGAUCCGGAAUAUACAAUGGUAGGGGGCGGUCACCGAUCGCACGGCACCUCUUUAUAUUCCCGAUCGAAACCGACAAGGCCACGUUGCCCAGAAAUAAACAUUUCAGUCUUCUUUGCCUUUAUCGAUGUGGUAAUGUUGUUUAACCUGCCGUAUAAUUCUGUUGUCUUUCAGUCUUUUUGGCUUUUGAAUUUACGUCUUUUCGGCCUCUUGCAAAAUUCGAACUCCGCAACAAUCACCACGUCGUGUGCACGCGUUCUUACAUUCAUUUUUAACAGUUAUAUUCAAUCAAAUAUACAUUGCAGAAAACUGGCACAAUUUAAACUGUUAGUAACUUGUUCCCUAGGAAAUGAAAUUGUAACCGAAUUAUAUACCAUGCAAAAUGGGACAUUUUGGUUUAAAUAAACGUGUUGAUAUCAGCUUUUAAUCCCUUGCGACGGGUAUGCGUACAGAGUCGUACAUGUGCGUUUGCAGAUGCUCCUUAAAAAUGGGCAACAUAGUCUGCAUUCACUGCGAAAUUUAAUAAACUCUGUAUACUAUCUCCUUAAAGGCAAAGAUGAAUAUUUCAAUUUAUUUACGAGGAAGGAAUUCGCUUUUCACAUUAAAAACCGGCAAACACUAAUGCAAUAUCUAAACAGGUUCGAAAAUUAUUGGGUUGUGGAAAGAUUGUUCAAAACCUUAAUAUACACAUUCGUCGGGUAAAAUAUGUACGGCUCGAGUAAAAAGCACAUGUAUGCGAAUGACAUUAAUAACACAUAUUUGAAUGCAUAGGACCGCUGACAAUCAAUGUGAAAAUGCAUGCAUGCUGCUAAGCGGUUACUAAUUGCCGACUACGCUUUUAACAGAAAGAUGAAAAGAAAGUAAAUUCUAAAGCCGAUAUCCAAUUACGUCCCCCAUAUAAGUGUAUCGUGCCGGAAGAUAAGCAGUUUUACAGCAACGCCAAAAAAACCUUUCUAAUCUGAAUUUCAGAAAUUCAGAAUAUCAGAACUUCGGACAACAUUUCAUGAAAUCAGUCACUCACUGAAAGCCAAUCUCAUCAAAAUUAAAUGUAAAUGAAAGAUCUACUGGUUCUAUUACCAACCAAAUACUGGCUAUCCGGCACUACACUGUCAGUGCACUCUUUUUGCACGAAAAUUCAUGCAGUGGCAAAAAAGUUCGAUACAUUUUACACUGCUGAAGUGCACGGUUCCCCAUGCAUAUAAAUCCAUAUUGUGAUGUAAAAUACGCUUGUAGACGAACAAGAGACUAAAAUAAAUAAUAUGGUACAAUAGUAGAUAGAGUUUAGGAAAGAGUCGCCAUAAUAUAACCUACACGUCUCCAUGACCUUCCGACAGGUCAACGUUAGCCGCAUUUGCUGAAUCAACGUAAGCAGUACAAUAAACCAACUGCAGGUCAUGCUUCUCAAAGGCGGAUAAACUGUCUUUCUGUACGUCUGUCUUCAUUUAUGUAAAAAUAUCACAUAAGCAAAAAAUAUGCGCAUAGAAGCAAUUAAUGGCUAUGCGAUUUGCUCAGAGGCCUUGGGCACGUGUGUGUGUGCGUUUGUGUAUCUUGCAUGCCAUGAUUCAACAAGCCCUUAAGCUUGCAGCGUAGUGUGCGCUGACAGGUCUCUGCCGCUUGGCUCCCUGACGGUAGGUGCGCCUGCGUUCCCGCCGGGAAACAGGUCAUGUGCAUGGCUGCCCUGGAUUCGAUUUUCUUUCAAUUGUUGUACUUGCUAUUCGAAAGUUUCGUUAACCUGUUUGUUGUCAAUCACGGGACGUUGUGAUGCGUUCUAAUGCGGGUUCGGUCGUGCCAACACCCCCCCUCCCCCACCAACCCCACCCUCCUCCGCCUUCGGUAUAUUGAUUAAGUUUUGAAAACGCCCCUGCGAUCGGACUCUGGAAAAGGUAAUCUGACGUCAAAAUGAUCGAUUCGGCAAUGCAUAAUUUGUCACUAUUUCCGUUUACCUGCCUGCACGUGUAAAAUCUUCAUGCAUGAGACCUUUUCAGUCAUUUGAACUGGUUUUGUAUGCUUUUUCUGAUUCGUUUAUUAUAUUAGUUUUAUACAUAAAUUUUGCAUAUCAACAUCCGCUCUAGGAAUUUUUGCUGUUAGUGUUCAUCCCCUUUUUGGGCGGGUUUAAUUGCGCUUUACAAGUCAUUUCUAUUUGUCUGCGUAAACCGUAAUAUCGGCAUUCUUCAAACUUGUUGUCUUCUUGAUCUGUGUUCCGUAAUCCAGGAGAAAAAUUGCUAGGCGGACAAGUACGAUAAUUUUGUGUGGGCAUUUCCCGAUCUGGCAAUUAAACUUCUUAAACGCAGAUAAUGCUGUUUUGGGGAGAAAAAUAAAAAAAUACUGAUGGAAUCCGUUUUGCUUCAUGUAGAGCAUUCUAACGAGCUCCUUUAGAUUUCCUGCUAGUUAGAAAAAGUUUCUGACAAGAUACAUGAGACCUGCGGUGGAUAACUAUAUUUAAAAAGCACGCAUUUGCCUUGAAACCAUAUUAGUGUAUGCAAUCAUGCACUCAUGCAGUACGGUGAGCGACCAUCCUCAUAAAAUGCUAACCUAAAUUGAAAUGCGUUUUCGAUUAGAAAGAAUUACUUAGGUGAAUUUUUAAUACUGAAUAUAUUGCAGUAUUAUCCUAUAACAUAUCAGACUUGACCUAUUUUAUUUCGACUGUCAAUGUACUUAUUCUUAAUCUUCUGUAGACCUCAUACUCAGCAAAAAACGACUGCUUAAGUCGCAUACAUUUUUUCUUUAAUAUUUUAUGGUCUUAUACGUAUGUGUUUGCUGAAGUUUGAUAAAAUGUUGACAGCAUGGCACAGGUUGACUGAUACAUUUUUCAAACACAUAUAUGGCCAAAUUUGAUUUACGUAGAGAGAUAGAAUAGGUGUGCAAACUCACGAAAUGUUAACCGAAAUUCCUACCUACGUUUCUACUUCGAAAAUCAUAAGUAAACGAGGUUAAAUGCUAAUCAUUAAAUAGCACAUUUCUAAGAUAAUUCAGUUACCCUGGAAUGCCAGCUUUUGAAUGUAUUUAUUUUCUGCUGUAUGCUAAAUAGAAUGUCUGCAAAAAUGGAAACGUAAAUAGCAUGCAUUUUACGCAUCGAUUUUUGAAGCCCUUAAAUAAUCCGUUAUACUGCAUAAAGCACAUCCAUAACAUAUUCAUGUGUAUGUUCAUUUGGAAUAAUACAGUUGUCUUAAAAUAUGGUACUCAAAUACAGGACAUAAUUCGCUUUUUAAAAUUUUUUUCUACUGCCUACUUAUUUUGAACCUGAUUGUCUUUAUAAUUGCAAUCUGGCUUUUAGACUUGCAAACCAUAUAUUUUCUGCAUAUGGAAAACCAUAUAUUAUUCUACGGUUUUGAGUGGAGAAUGUAAGGAAUUUAUGAAUGUUAAUAGUGGAUUUAAGUCAUAUUCUUGACCUUACCGGCCACAGUGUUAACUGCAGAGACAUGGCGUUUCAUGAACGGCCAUUUCUCUUUAUUAAAAACUCUCACAAUAUGAUACUUCUUGAAGCCAAAUGAUACUAACCGUUUCAGCAUACAUGUGGAAGGGUACGUAGGAUUAUACCAUAUGAGUAAAAGAAUAGAUAUGUCUUAUGCAUUUUUUUAAUGAAAAUUAAAUUAAUUUUAAGGACAUCGUCAAUAAGUGAAAGAGACGUAUUCUGAUUAAGUGUUCUUUUUACAGAGCGUGAUUUGCGCAUGCAGCCGGCAAUCUGAGGUAACCGCGUUAUUAGAGAAUUAUACUGCGUUAUGAUUGGUUUUGCUACCACACCUAAUUAAUCGUAUGCAAAUGGAAAUGCAUUUCCUAAUUUCCGUGGACGGUAUGAGUUAGCUCAUCUACGGUAAAUUGGUUAAUUGUGUACAUAUUAAUGAUCAAGCCCCAAACGACUUGAACUUCUAAAACACCCGCCCUAUGACGAAACUACAACGGGUCUGUUUCCAUAAGACGAAUAUGCGAUCACUGGAACAAGAAAGUUUCUGGCCCACCAUUUCGGAUUCUUACUCCAACCCAUCAUCACAAAUAGUCGCAGAUAAGGUUAAUGGUCGAGAAAAGGUGCGGUGCAGCACGACUCUGUGUCUGUUUAUCGAAACAACCAGUAAAGGUAAAGUCACGUUCGUCUGACACCUUGGAGCAGUACCGCCGAGCCCGGAAGGCGUGCUAGAACGACCCGGAAGAAUAUGUGGAAUUUCCAAUAUGAGUAAUGGGCGGUCAGAAAAAUGAAUGUAAUGCCCACUGCGGGUUAUUAAUGAAGAUAAAAAGUUAAAACCGGAUUACAAUUCUGAUUUCGUGCUUGGCAUUUAUAAGAAGGUUUAAGUCAACGGCAGCGGAAAUUGAGAAAAAGGGAAGAAACAAGAUGGAAAAUAGAGGAUGGUACGGUGAAGGAGCACUACGAGUCUAGACCGAAGAAGUGUCCAUGACAUCAGCACAUGACGACCUCGCGAGUUCUGCGCUUGAUGUUGAACGUCUUUAUCUACUGAGAGACAACCAUGACGGCGAACGUUAUGGUCACCUAGUGAAAAGAUCCACACAGGUGAGGAGACAGGAGCAACUGUUGGACAGAGCCAAAUAACCUAAAAUUAUUUGGCGGACUCAAAAAAUGUCGGCGGAAAAUUCAAAAAGAUUAAUUAAAUAUGGUUGUAAAUUUCACCAACAUCUUGCAUAAUUCUAUAAUGAUCCAUUUACCUCCGGGUGUCUUCUUUUGAAUGAAAGUAUUUUCGAUUGCAUUAACCAACGAUGCUGGUAAAAUUAACUAUUUAGGCAGCAUUCAACUUUCUCUUUUACUCUCAAUGUUAUUAAAAGUUCAAAUGUAUUGCAUGCACAAAAAUUUAUGAAACUAUUAAUUCCUUUACCUAUGCGCUAGAAAAUUGCGUCUGCUUUUAAUUGUAUAUUCGAAAAACGAGUACGAUGCGAUUGUGAUAAGCUUCUGUUUGUGAGAUUUUUUUAUACCGUGAGGUGGACGUUCAUACAACGUUAUGAAUCUGCAUUUACUAAUGUGGGAUGUAAAGUUGACAAUAUUCGUCAAAUUCACGGCUUAAUUUGGUGAGGCGCAUAUAAUAUCCUUUUAAUACCCUAGGAAAAUAUAGGGAGUUUCGUACACGAAAAUAACACGGCUUGCGCACUUGAAACCCCGCAUGCAAUUAUAACAGUAAGUGGGGUUCAAUAAUAUUCGGAAUUAUAAAAGUUUUUAAAACCGAAUUAUACACUUCCGUCGAAUAUACAGUUGGAUGAGGGCGUAAUUUGCCAACGAAUUAGCAAAGAAUGAAUACUUCUACACAUUGUUUUCAUGAAUUAUGACUGAAUUUUCGUGGGCAUCGAGCAUCAAAGAUAAAAUUGUAUGAUACCAAAGUAAUCGUUUUUUGCUGGAAGUAAUUCGUGCAUGCAGUCGUUCAGAAGAAGGUAUCCUGAGGUAUCUGAUUCAUCCUUGGAUUUUGCUGCAUGAUCAUUCUUUUUGUGACCACUCAAUUAAUCUUUUCAAAACGGAAAUGCAUUUCCGAAUUGCAGUUGACGUUUCAUGACUAAGUUCACCUUGUCUAACAUAUCUAUUUGGAUUCCGUCGAGUCUGGGAUCAGGUUCAGUAAAGAUUCCGACGCGGACUUUGUUCUGUCGCUGAGCCUUGUUUCGUUGAUAGCCGAGACACGGUUGUAUUACUGCUUUGAUAUCCUUGUGCAUCCCAGAAGCGACAAUGCGGUCGAAAAUCGUCUUAUCGGUAGCUCCGAUCUAAGCAUGGUGUAGAAUAUGCAGAGAGAACGAAAAAAUGCCAAGAGCGACUCAGAUCCCAAUUGAGUAGGACUGCCUAAAGCCAACAUUGAAGGCUUAUCCACUAUCCUUUCUGGAGGACCGCAUUACCCCUUAGUUGGCAGUCUUGUCAGUCAUGGAUUUCGGCCCGCUUGUACCAAUUAUAAAGCAUCGCUCCUCAUUUGCGCACACAGAACUGUUCAAUAAUCGUUGCUAACGACGAUGUCCACAGCAGGUUGAAAGCAGCAACAGUGACUUGCGUUUGAGUUCCUUUAUAAUGGAAGUGAAACUGGCUUGGAAUUAACCGCAAUCUCUUCUCCACACUCGACCUGUGAUCGGUGUAACAAAAGUAUCACAAAGACCGCAGGUGAAAGAGGACGCAGGCGGUUGUUAGGACGAUUAUUUGCAUCCGGAUGUGUAAACACAUCCGGGGUUUUCACAAAAAUGAUGCGGUCUCGUAGGAAAUGCAGACUUUUAGCACGUAUUUGGGACACGUGCACCUGAUGCUUAAAUAAAUAUGAAUAUGCAGUCCCACCUUCUUGCUGCGAAGACUAAGGGCAUGGGAUUGCUGAAACGGCCUGGUGACGGGUUGCGUUUCCCAUACAGUUACACCCUCGGUCAAUGCGCUGUAAGAUCACUAUUAGUUUGGAUUGGACGUAAUGUCGACAAUUCAGAGAAUAACAUGUUGAGAUGGAACAUCUUUGGUUUCCUUUACUCCUAUUUGAAAACUGUAAGUCGAGGCGUCGAGUAAAGCUUGUUUGACUGAAAUGAAAUAGUGUAUAUGAGAACAGCAUAUGUAGGUAUUCUGAAGCUCCUAACCCAAGUUACCAUUCUUACGCUUUGUCAUAGGUCAUAGUACGAGAAUAUCCAAUGAAAGUGCAGUUUUUUGGAGGCAGAUUAUGAUCAGGUUUAAUGAAAACGUGCCUGCAGGAAACAGACCAUGCGAAUCUUGUUGUUUUUUACGUAAACAAAUUGAUUUCGACAUUUUUUACCAUUGGAAAGCUAAUCUUCAAGCCAAGGGAAAAGUGAUUCGUAAACACCAGCAUAAAAGAUUUAUUUGAAUGGGUUCAGUACUCCAGGGCAUAGUUGUGGCUUCGGAAUAUGUAGUCAAGACUUCAGGUUCAUCGCUUCAACAAGUAGUUGUCCGGAUUGAAAUUUAGGCAGCAUCUCUCAUUCUAUGACUGACUAGUUACACGGCCUUUCGAAGGGUGACGACCCAGCCUAUAUUCCGCUCUUUAUGAAUUCCAUCUGGCCUUACUGUUUUGUCACGUCUCCUAUGACUACACUUAGCCUGGUGUACGUUGACAAUACUCCGGCGCCUGAUAUACAGGUCUUGAGCAGCACUGGGCAGUCCUUAACUUGUUUCUGACCUCCUUUUUCUUUUUUUCGGUUUAAAUCCUGAUAAUUGGAUGAUGGCAGAAUUUUUAGGAUUGAAAAUAUAAUCAUCAAGCUUAGUAAAGAAGCAGUUCGUAAAUAUCACUAUAUCGCAUUUAUUUUGAUGGACGAUUUACGAUAUGAUUCAAUACGCCAAGGUAUGGUAGGAGCGUGCGCUUCAGAUUUAUUAAGAAAUAUCCGGUCAACGUCUCAGGAUCGUCGAUUUAAAUGUGUGUAUAGGUCCAAUUAUUUUAAUUAAAGUAAAAAUGUAUUGUAAACUUUGAUGGGAGUUUCGGUGAUUGCCACUUUUCUUCUGAUCAUUUUUCAAACGCGUGUUCUUCGAGAGGUCACUCAUCCAAGAGAAGACCAAAAUUAGGCUCUUAGGUUUUUUGCGUCUCCUAUGCCCAGAUUUGGCAAUUCAUGGACUUGUAGCCUUGUGUGCGCUGACAGUACUCCGGCAGCGUGUUCCUGUCUGGAGAACGUCCAGCUGAUCCCACUGGGUACGCAGGUAUUAAGCAUGGCUGGGCAGUCCUUCUCGUGUUUACGGCCACCUCAUUUUCUUGUCGAUUAAACUCCUGGUCAUUUGCUGAUGGCUAAAUUUUUAGGAUUGCAUAUGCAAUCAUCAGCCAAGGAGAAGAAAAGUUCGUGAUAAUGAGUAUAUUUAGAGUAAUUUGGGAGGGCAUGUUUAAGGCAUGAGUUAAUACUCCUAGGGAUGGAAGGAGCGUGCGUUUCUGAUUUAUUAAGAAAUAUGCCGUCGAUGUUUUAGGUGCGUUACUCCAAACGUGGGUGUCUAGAUCAACUAUUUUGAUAAGAGACAAAUUAUAUUGUAUAUUUUGAUGGGGCACUUGAUGACGGCCACUUUGCUUCUGUUUAUUUUUCAAAAGGCUGUUUUGGCGAGAGGUCACCAACCCUGGUAAUACCAAUAUCUGUCAAUUUGGAAUGCGUUAUGCUUAUCGCGAAAAUUGUGCAAUUUGACUUAGAGACAGUUAAAGGUUGUAUGUUUAAUUCAUGAACAACCGAUAAGCGGUAUACGUCGCAUGAAUCGUAAAGAUGAAACAGAGCAGAUUAAACAAAUGUAUUAAGAGCACAUUUGACGUGACAAUAGUGGCCAAUUUCUCAGUGUGGAUGAUAGGGCUGCUUAGUGAAUUUUGUGCUUGUAAGAAUUUUUUUUCGGGUGUUGUCCUAUCAGUUAUAAAACACGAUUUUGACUGAAACGGUAAAUUGCGUGACAAAGAAAUUGGCAUGCCGAUAGCAGUAGCUGGAUGCAUAUUCCCUUAUUAAUCACUUACAGCCCCUUUACUUUUUUUGUAAACAUUUGUCAAGAGAACUAAAACAACUAAAACCACUUACACCAACAGAUCCCCUAACAACAAUUUACCAUUAAAUAUGACGUGGAAGGAAACAUCUUUGGGCAGAAGUCUACAUUUGCCAUGAGAUUUCAGAAAUCAUUUUCUAAGAUUUGUGGAGUUGAUUCAUGUUAGGGGUUUACGAAAAAGAUUUGUUGGAGCGCUUAUAUGGUAGGUUUACAUGAAAUAUUACCAGCGUAUUCUCUAUACAUAUGUUUUUUUUCUUAUUUUUCUUGGACCUCAUCGGAAGCAGUCUUAAAUCUCGCUAGAUGCAUUCGCUGAUGCUGGUAAGAGACGUGAACAAUUACCGUCUAAUCGUGUCUGAAACGUAAGCGGCAUUUCGCUUAAUAGCAGGAAGCGUACUUUCGGUAUGUUCUUAGCUUAACUCUCGACCUAAUCUUAAGCUGAAUCCCAAUCUCACGGGAAUUAGACGUAUGUUAUGCACGAUACGGCUGGCGAGAGAGGUCGCGGAGCCGUGCAUGCAUUUAACCGACCUUUGCUCGCUGUACACGUGGAGGAGCUUGUACCAGAUUCUUCUGUGCGUAUGAGACCGGCUUUCAUAGCUUUAUGACGGUGACCUUUUUUGUGCUGCCAGACGCUGUCCGAGUAACUUACAUCAAUUUGGUGAGACAGUGCAAGUAAGACGGGAAAUUCCUCUGUGGUCUAAACUUUGCCUGGGAACAAUCAUGUGUGCGGCGAUUGCACCAUUUAGGCUUUUUACUUCACCCUUUAUCAACUGUGUCAGAAUGUGUUUCUGUGUUCUUUGGAUAGACAUUUACUCAUGUAACUAAUGUAAACAUUUGUUUAGAAGCAAUUUUAGGAAUAACCAUUACUCCUAAUCCUGACAACUAACUAUAACUUCUAAUUCAAAGCCGUAGCCAUAGCCCCUAACCCUAACCCCUAACUUGCACCUCUACCCUCACUGUAUGGUAUCCAUCAGAUGGCGCUAGCAAACCACAUCUUACACAAACUAGACUUACAUUUUCGUUCAAAAUAGGGUUUGUUUAGAUUAUUCCCUAAAUUUAUAUUGCUUAAAUAGCAGAAGAAAGAGCUUGAUUAAGGUAUCGUCUCAGAAAAUCCAUCUCUACGCCCCGUACGAUAAUUGCAGUCGCAAUGUUUCCCCUAUGCGAUUGUCAGUGUCUCUAGUAAUUGCGUAGCCAAUCUCCAGUUGAUCAGUGCUCAGCUGACAUUUUGCUUUGUGACCGCCUCCAGCGGGCAGAAAUUUCGCUCCAAGGCAACAUUAAGUUUGAAGAGUCCUUAUUUUGUGUGUUUUGAGCGCCUUGAAUAGCAGAGUCGGAUGGGCGGGUGUAACUAGCUCUCUCAAGGGAUAUCCGCGCUGAACAGUCGGCGCCCAGCUGCAUUGACUGUCAGAGUCCCUGCGGCUGUGCUUUGCGCCAUCUCAGACGCUCUGACCUGCCAGAGAGGUCAAUCUUACAGUAAAAAUACCACGCGCAAAAGAAUACGAGUUGUUAUCGCCACCUUUGACUGCAGAAGAGACGCGCGUUUUGUAUCGUUUAAGACGGCCACGGUGUUCGUGAUGCAUACCAAAGCACCGCAGAUCACAAACUGUGCUAUAGCACACGCGUGCAUAAACUCAGCACUGAUCUAGCAUUCAUGAGUGCCUGUACACGUGACGGCGAAAAUUAGGGGAGCAGUCAGGUGUUCUCAAAUAUUCAAAUAUAUUCUACCCUAACGUACACCUUCCUUCUGUUUUAGCCGUCAUGGUCGUUACGAUCAGUAAGCAAUGUAAUUGAGUGGUGGCAAAAAUUGUGGAAUUCAUUUGCAACUAAAAACAGAUUAUGUACAGCAGGUGGAUCAACUCAUUUAAUAUCAACCGAAAUUCAGAAAUGCGUUUUCGUUUCGAGCAUAUUAAUUAAGAAGGACUGUAAAUUCUUUAUGAGAUCACUCCUGGCGGGAAGCUGGCUUUCGAACGAACAUCUUUCCGACCGCAUAUGACAACUACACGCCGUAAAAAUGACUACCUAAUAUCAUCAUUUAUUACAUGGAUUUUAUAUGCCCCUAUAAAUUCAAUAACAUGCCAUACAGUAUAUAUGUGUGAAUAUUUGUUCUUUUCCUCAUGCGGUAGAAAAUGACGUCUUCAUCCAACUUCGUUCUUAAAUGAAGGCUAUAACACGAUUAUAAUGAAUCCAUUGUUGUGAGGGUUUAGAAGCCGUGAAAUGGACGUUCACAAAACUUCAUGUCUCUGCAUUUACCAGUAUCACUUGUAAAGUCAAUCAUAUGUCUUCAAUCCAUUGCUUUAAUUUAUCAACCUCAUAUAGUCUCCCAAUAACACAGUAUAGAAAUUUAUAAUUUACGUAUGCGGAAAAAAUGUACAGCUUGCAGUUUGGAACCACUAAAUGCGUUCUUAACGGCAGGUCCACUUUAAAUUAUUCGGGGAACGGGAAGUAAUAAACACCGAAUUAGACCUUCGUUCGAGUGUUUAUAUAUAGAUCAAAUUAUACUCAUUUUUUGAAGAUUAAAUUUUUAUGCAUACGUAAUGUCCCACCGAAUAAAAAAAUCAUGUUUCGGUAAAUAUUUUUACUAAAUAUAAUUCUAUUUUUUUGCAUCGAAAGACUUGCCGAGGUGACCGAUUUAUUGAAAAGUUAUGUUGCAAUGAAUAAGAUUAACAGCACUUCUUAAGUAAUCUUUUUAAAAGACAUCGCAUAUCGGAAUUUCGGUUGAUAAUUCAUGAGCUAGCCAAUCUACUAUAUGCAGAAUAUUAAUAAUUGUCAUCCGCAGCCUAAUGCCACAUAUAUGUCAGGCAUGUUACGAUGGUGAUUUUUGACUUGGCUUCUUUGAUACUGCGUACAAAGAUCACACUUCGUAAAAGCUGAGUGUAUGCGUAAGCUAAAUUUUAAAACCUUUCCUGAUCACCUUUUAGCUUCAAAAUUAUCUUUAAGAAACUACGAUCAAAUGUACUUCUUCGCGCAGACAUUGAGUAGUCAUUUAGUUCUUCUUCAAAUAUCGUUCUCAAUGACGGGAAAAUGCAGACUUUAAGAACUUUCGCUUUCCCGAAUAGUUCCGAGUCCCAAAAAUUCCUUCAUCUGUUUUUCGAGCUUAUAGUCUUCAUAUUUUAUAGUCUCACUGUAAUAAAAUGCAUACACUUCCCAAUACAACGCAGGACUCGAAAGUUACUUCAGUGAAUGUGGACUAGGCCUUACACUUCUUGAGAAACAUUGAUGAAAUGGUCCUACAGAAACUACGUAGAGUGUUGUCAGAACGCUAAAAUUGGACCUAAUCCCCUCUUGUAAACAGAUGAUAUAAAGCGGCCAGAAUGAGUGGUUUGUUGUAUACAGAAUUAAGGGUUAUCAUCCCUGGUGGCAGAAGAUGUUGGCAAAAUGAGGGCCGGUGUUUUCUUCGCGAAGUCCUGCCUGAGAGUCCUAGAAACAGUGGUAGCAGCCAAUUUUGUAGGUUCGGUGUUUGUUGCACUCGCUGAGGUGUGGUGUUUAUGUGGUUCAUGUUGUGGUGGCAGGAGAAAGAUGCGUUAAAGUGGCCGCAUGGGCCGCUGCGAUCAUGUGAGCGCAGUGCGCUCCGAGGUAAAGUCGGUCGUGUGUCUUCAGGUCAGCGUGCAUGGAAAGGAUCGCUUUGAGGUAGUGCGGCCUUAACACAAGUUUACCGGACAUAGCCAUGACGGUUGUCGGCAAUACCGUAACGGAUAUUACUUGACAGCAUGUGCUAAAAGCCUGAAAUGUUAUGGUUACACACAUUAUGCAAACCAAAUAUAUACCUCUCUUGUAACAUCAGAAUUGAAAAGGAUGCGUUAAUGUAUACCUUUAUGCGUGCCUUGAAGGAAACGCAUUUAAAUUUACAACGAUAUCAAAUAUCAGUAAAUCUCUUUUGCACUUUUUCAAUUGUCACUUUUGCCGACUGCGGCCUUUACAUAUUAUGAAUUACAGGGGUCAUUGAUAGCGAAAAUCCUGUCGUAACUGAAGUAACCUGGCAUUUGUGCAACUUAGUUAUCCGCUAUACUAAAAACGUAUAAAGAAAGUUUUUAUAAAAAUGGAACGGAAUAUGUCAGCUGCUAAAUGUAUGAAGAAAGGAUUUCUAGUAAAAGUACAAAGUGUUGAUGAUCCUGUUCAAGUUUUUACACAGAUAUAUCGGGAAAGUGCUCGUUGUUAUUUGGCAAGAUUUUUAAGCGAACGUUCAGACUGCGGGAACAUGCAUAUUUAAUAUAAUGUGUGCAUUGCCUGAUUCGUUGGUGUAUCAAAGAUUGAGCUUUGGUUACCAUUAGCAUUAAGUGGUUCGUAGUAGUUCCUCCUAUGCUUCAUCCUCUCUCCCUGUAAAUUUAUAAAUGGUCUCGCAAUCCAAUUUUGUCAACGUCUGUCGGACAGAUAUAGGAAGUACAUGAACCGCAUAUACAAUCCUGCAAUAUAGCCAAUCUAUCACAACAUAACAGGGAUCUUUCAACUCCGAAAGUGAUUCUGCUUUCAUCGCAGAAGCCAUAUGUCAGAGACACCAACGACGAAAUCUCGAGUUCAAACAAAUUGAUGCCCACAGUAAUGGUUUCCUUCUCUCCCAUAUGCACAUUAUACCGAUUUUGAGCGUAUGGAAACGGUUCCUCUGAACUCCGAUGCCAACUGUACAAAUUGCAUUCUCUCUAGUAACGUUCGCCGGGAAUUUCGGUUUAGACAAUAGCAUGAUUGUUGGCAGCAUUCUAAAGAGUAUUUUAUUUGCUGCACUCUACUAAAGAUACGCGUAUCUACACCACUAAGAAGAGUGAUUUACUAUUUAAUUCUAACAUUUGACCCUUAAGAGAACUUAUUUGAACAGCUGCCGAUCGAAAGUUAACUGUUAGCGUUUCCCUAUGUCAUUCAUAUUUGGACAGCUCACACAUCACUAGGCCUAUAAAACGUGACAUACAUGGGUUUUUAUUUCAAAGUGCUAGGCUGUCAUGCGACCAUAAAUAUACUGUACCAGUGCUUCUUCGACGGGAGCACAAUGACAGAACACAUACUCAACACUAUCCUUGAUGUCAGUAGAGAAAACAUUCACAUGCUAUUCAUCAGGGUACUUUUCAGCGGUUGCUAACCGGGAAGGUGUUUCUGCUCAAAGCAAUACUGCUGCGGAUAGCAUAUCAUAAAUUAAUGUAAGCGAAAAAGCAUGCCGUUCGUAUUAAUUUUAUUCUAUACUUAAUAACAUUUUCCUUUAGGUAUAGGACACCAAACUCUAUUCCUCAUUAGAAGGUUAAGUUAAAUAUAACCCACUCUGCAUUUAGGAGAGACAAAACCAAACUACGUCCAUUUGUCGCUAACAAGAUGAUAAAGCAGUAAGGAGUUGGUGUUUAAUGUAGAGGGAAAUCAAGCUUGUUAACUGGAAUUUAUAUUCGUUCUGUUUAUACUUUAAAGGCCCAUAUGGGUAAUUGUUAAUAUUCGGAGACAUGUUCGACAAAAGUAAUUUGUUGACAUUCAGUCGCCGCAUCAGCACAGAUUGCCGUAGCCGACUUCAUAGUCGUUCAGUCACUACAAAGCUUUCGAAUUUUCUAUAACUGCACAUAUCUUUUCCUGGGCUUCCGAGGAUCUCUUUUACGCAAUUAGCAGGAGAAUAUGGCUAAACAACCAAAAAAACAUUCUUACUUUACACCGAAUCGCUAUUGUAAAAUUUUGAAGUUUAGUCUGCUAUGCUUUAUGCUUUCGCUAUCCUUCUGAAGCACUGCUGUUUUGCGUAUAAUCGCUAAUAAAAUUUAUCCUUAUUUCACGAUGUAUGCUUCAAGUACUGUCUACGAUUUUUCUAGACAGAUACAUAUUUCGAAACAAACAUUAAUUUAUUUUCAGAAGAAAUUGUGCCACACUGAAAUUACUGGAAGAUUGACCCUUGAAGCAGAUGUUAUUUAUAAAGUGGCCAUUGGUAACAUAGGAAGUAAACUUACUGGUUGAUAAUCAUUCAUUUUACCUAACCAUUACUAGUUAAAUAAAGAGGACUUUGAGUCAAACAAUGAUAAAACGUGUCUCAAGAGCCUUAUGCAAAUACUUUAUUAUCUAAACGCAGCUGAAGGAUAUAAUGUGGGAUUUAACAAGAGUGACAAUGUUAAAUGAUGGGAAGUGACUAGAUUUUGCAGUGCACUGGUUUGAGGGGAAUAGACCUCAUGGACAUCACCGGUUUCUUCCUUUGUGUAGCAUUUUUGGUCGGUUUGGAUUCAGAAAUUUUUGCGCGGCUGUUAGAAAGUCUGCGUGAUGUAUUUUGGUAACGCCUAUGAUGUUUGGCCCAUACGUUGACGUAUUCCAGUUUGUUAUUUCGAAAAAAACUCGACUUUUAGCCGGCCCAAUUUCAUAGCUUUUCGUACCACCCUAAAUGAAGUCGAGAUUUACAAUACGUGUAACCUAUUUUAUAAUAAACCAUAUGAACUUCAAUGUAAGGCAUCUACUUCAGAGAAAAGUAUACCUGAUUCCGAGUGCAUAUGACACUAUUCCAGACGACAUCACAGGAGUAGGCCCUAGAACGCUUAUACAGUACGGGCCAGGGCGGUUGACAAUUAUAAACACGUGUACUGUCAGGAAGGCUGGCGUUAUAAGAUGGUCUGAUGCAUUUACAUUCUCCUUCUGUCAUAAUAAGCGAAUAAAUUUGGUUGGUGAGGUGUGCAGAAACAGUGCCGACUUGAAUAAUAUCGUUAUCGCGCGGGCAAUUCUCAACGUCUGCAGGGCAAUGAAUUUAAUUUCAUUAGAAUAAUGCGUUCGGGUCGAAGAUAAGAGUCGACAGCUGUAUUAAUACUGUCUGCUAGAUUCUUAUCAAUUAUUUCCUAUAAAAAUUGUUUGUCGCCGCAUUUACACACAACUAUAAAACUUAGUAGAUCAGACAGGGAGUAACUUCGCACUACUUAUGUCAAACAGUACAUAGCAGCUCUAUCGAGAUAGAAUCCCAACAAUAUGAGGAUUCUGGAAAAAGUCUGGUUUUAGUUGGACGACUUAGGAACAAUUUUACGGAAAAGAAAUAAUUAAAUACAUAGUAAGAAAACGUGUGUGCUAUUUAGCCUGAAACUUGACAAAUUUGAUCGCAACAAGACAAUGACACCUCGUGCAAAACAGACGUUUGGAUAUCUAUAUGUUCAUUCAAAUCAGUAGUUUAAUUGCCAUCAAUGAAUUUCUAGGUUACAAUAAGAGCAAACAGGCAUUAACAUAGGUAAAACAUACGAGGUAGUGAAGAACAGGCGUAGUGCCCAUUGACAAAGCAUAACAUGAGCAGCAGAACUCUGCAUGGCAUGUUGCAUUGACGUAUGCACAAACUAAUGUCACUGUACAUUAGGGUAGGACAAAUAUCUUUGACAGGAAAAGUGUAAACCAAUCAAAAUAACUAAAAAUCACCUAAACUCGCGAUAGCAUAGCAUUAGGUUGAAAAUCACGAAAAAAUUUAAUUAUGGGAUAUAUAAUCAUAAUUGACUUUCGGAAGUAAAAAUUUGUCAUAAGUACAAGGGAGCCUAAAUAUAAAUUUGAAUCAAACUGCAUCUUGUGCGGUAGCUUUUAAAAAUCUGCCUUCAAGUCCAUUUCUUUGCAGAAGCAAAUAAAGGUCUGGAGGGAGAUUAUUACGCUGUGCACGCACACAAAUGCAAUACCUUCUUCCUUUUAGUUCAUGCAUGUUUUUCCUCAGUAUUUUGUAAAUGACGGCUAGUAAUUUGUACAUUUUAAGUUAAGUUUCAGGAAAAUAUUAAAGGAGCUGUUGGAAAUUUACUAAACGCUUUUCGGAAUAUUUAGGCUUUGCACAAACUAAUGCGUUCGUUAUUCGGUUCACUAGUACGUACAUUAGUAACUAGUAGAUUUUCGAUAAUGAGCUCAAGCAUGCUUAUUUUAACACCCGGCAUGGCGUUUUUGCCUUUUAUAUAUCCCUUACUUAUUAAAAUAGUUCAUGUUAAAUAAACGUUUACAACUAUCUAUUGCACAUAGGCGAAUAAGGUUUUUCUAUAUUUUGACAGCCCAAAAUACUCGCUUUAUCUACUCGGGAGGGGGAUGAUUUUCGGUGAAAAGUUUUCGUUUGUUAUGAGCGAACAUCAGACACGAUAACUGAGCUACCAGUUACGCAAUUGUUUUCCAGAUAGAAUAUAACGAAUGUAAAACAGCUCGUGAUUAGCCAGCAUAGAAUAAGUCUCAUUGAUAUGAUUUUCAAAGCUUUCUUCCAUUUCGUGACAGGAUGUUUUCUGUUGUUCAUAGUUUUAAACGACAGAAACGGGUAACACUGUGUCCGAAGACAUGCUCAUCUGAGAGCUCUUCACAACUGUUCCUCAACGCUAAAAUAUCAUAAUUUAAGUAUGCCUGAAGGGUGUUUUUUUAAUUUACCUCUGUAUGGUUCGACAAAAGUUGAAAUUUGCAUCAAACGUCUAAGUCAUAAUUCUACAUUGACUUCAUCCCCAACAGAUGACAUCUUGAUUUUGCGAAAUGUGUCAGCAUGACGAGAUGUUACCUUUCAUAGCAUUAAUGCUAUCUGUACCGUUAACGUAAUGAGUAUUGAGACCAAGUUGAUCGUCGUUGCUACCGUGUGAUUCACAGCUGGACGAGAGCAGGAACUGGAAAUUGCAAUAGAGGCAGGUUUUAGUUUUAGCAUCUACCGCACCCUCGCCGUUUGCCUCGCCUGUAUCCGGUAUCAUUAAAAAGGUAAGAUGAACGGAGGUGGUGGAGGACGCUGAUAGUUGAAAGGGGCAAACCAUCAGCUAGAUGUACCACCAUAUCAGCUGGUCAGUAACAUAUUUUGACAGGAAUUUUACACAAGAAAUACAAUAUGAGGAUCGGCAUGGGCCCCGAUUGGCGCGGCAUGCGUCUGCAGCUAGGCCUGAGAACAAAACCUCAAUGUUGAUAACUUUAAUGUGUGUCCAUGACAUGCAGGUGCACAUUUCCGAUACACCCGCCGGACGUCGAUCUAGACACAUUUUAUUAUACUGCAUCUACGGCGAUCAUUUUAGGGACACACACUGCAAUUAGAACAGAAACACUCUGUGUUUAACCUCAUUUAUUGGGAAAUACAAAGUACACAGCAACUAAAUGUAUGUUGUCUCAUGUUGCGUUAACUUUGAUGUUGAAAUACAGGGAGUGAGUAAUCUCGCGAAACUUUAGUUGUAAUUCUAAAUGCGUUUUCGUGUAGGCAGGAGCACCCAGGGCGGUUGCAAAAUUGAUUAGCUUGCGGCAUAAUCCAUGCAAAGUUAACUAAUUUGCUGAAAUACGUCUUGGAUUACCAAGGCUUUUGUUAAAACUGUAUGUUUAAUAAUCAUGCAGCACGUUUGUUUAUUGACAUUGGUGUGGGGGCUAUUUCUGACCGAUUUUAUUUGAGAGUUAGUAGGAUACCUGUCGGAUUAGAAUAUGUGUUCAAUCUUUAGACAUUUUAUGAUUGAAAAAAUGUCCAUUUAUACAGACACAUAUCAAUCCAUACAAUAAUGCUGCUUUGGAGAGCCCGACAUGAUCUAUAUUUACUGUAAAAUUUUAGAAACCCUAUCUGAGUAUUCCUCAAAAACAUAAUAUCUGCUUAGAAAAUUAUCUAAUUGCUGGAUUUUUAAAUAACUCGAAAUGGCAGUUCAUAAAUUGGCAUGUCUAUACAUUUACCAAUGCAGUUUGUAAUGUUAAUAAUAUGGCUUAAAUCCACUGUUAAAUUGUACUAACACUAUUUGCCCCACUUAAUUAUCAUAUGGAAAUGUGCGGUUAUCCGUUCGGUGAAAAUAUACGGCUUGUAGUUUGGAAAAUCUGAAUCCAAGUGUAAGAAUAGAGCGGGUUCAAAAUGAUUUUGGAACCUGAAAGGUAUUUGAAAACCGAAUUAUGCUCUUGCUUCGAGUAUAGUAUUGGAGCUAGACGUGGUUUACUACGGUAUCGGCAAAAAAAUUGAUAUUGUUCCUAUAUGUUUACCAUGGAAUAAAAUUAGACUGUUAGGGGCACCGAAAGUCUAUGAGAAAAAUUAAUGCAAACUGUGUUGUCAUUUUAUGUCAUUUUGUGCAUAGUAUACAUUUGCAUGCAAACAGAUGGAAGUUCAUUCGGAAGGAGGUACUUAGCUGUAAUUAAAGUAUUAUAAAAUAAUGUUGCAAACUGACUAGUUUAACAACCCUAAUUAAUUCAUCUUUUCGAAUUGAAAAUGCAUUCGGAAUUUAUGUCGACAUUUCAUGAGUGGCCUCACCUACAGUAGAUCAUGCGUUGCAUAGCUUAAAGGACAAAAUAACAAAGUUUUUAUUUUGUGCUCUCACUAAACUUUAUCAAACCCUUCAGGAGCAGACCGUCUGCGAAGACAUGAUGGGUAAGAUUCAGUUAAAAAUAUGCUGGUUAGUGACCGUUUUUUUGACGAACACGGCUCUAAGAUAUUAUCACUCAACAUUAACUCUCAACGUCAACAAGAAAAUUGCUGGCGGGUACUCAGGAACCUUAACACCUCGUUAAUUCUAAUCUUUAAAAAUGAUUUACAGCUUAAUACGAAUCCCGUUGACGUAUUUCGAAAUCCGCAUGAUAACUCUAUCUGAGAGGUGCUUCUUAAUUUCCCUCUGAAUGGUUCAAACGAAGCUGGAAUAUUGAUCAUGAGUCAGAAGUCAGAAUUGUGUAAUACCUUCACGUUGUCUUUAUCGGCAAUAGAUUCAAACCGCAACAUGCGUCAUCUUUACUCUGCGAAAAUCGUAUGCAUCAGGAGAUUUUACCUUCCAUAUAUUCUAUGCUAAUCCUACUGCAAAUGCGCUGAGUAUUGUGACCGAUUCCCCCGCCACUGACGACGAUGUUCAGCGUGUGAUCCACAGCAGGAUGAGUACAGGAACAGUAACUAGCAUUUGAGGCAGUUUUUAGUUUUAGAAUGCUACUGCAGGAUCUACCGCAGCCUCGACUUCCGCCAACUUGGAACCGAUGUUACCAAAGAGGCAAGAUGACCGGCGGUGGCAGAGGACGCAGAUAGUUGACAGGACAAAAACUCCACCUAGACGUACCACCACAGCUGCUGGUCAAUAAGUUACUCACCGGUAUUUUACACAAGAUCUAUAAUAUGAGGAACGGCACGGAUCACGAUUUUCGCGGCAUGUGCCUGCAGCUAGGCCUGAUAACAGGACUUCAAUAUUGAUAACUAGAGUGUGUGGCCAUGACAUACACGUGCACAUUUCCGAAAACACCCAUCGGACUCCGAUCUAGAAAAAUUUUGGUCAUUUUAGAGGCAAAUAUUAACUAUUUGCAAAACAUUCUCAAUUAUUUUAGACCCAUGGCCCACUGAAAAUCUGUCUUAAUUAAGGCCAAGGACAAAUUUUGCCUUUCUAUAUUAUACGCCAUCAAAAAGAGACCUUCAGUAAAAAUUAUUCAAAUGUAAGAUUUUGCAGAUUAUAACAGAACAAGUUUCUUGACAAUAUUAUUAGUGGGGAAAUAUGAAGUAGUCAGCAACUGGAUCGGUGGAGUCGCAUAUAAUGUUAAGUUCGAUGUUGAGAUACAGUGAGUGACCGUUCUCAUGAAAUGUGGACCGAAUUUCCGAAAUGCGUUUUCAAUUAGGAAGGAUUACUAUGUAGCGGUUGCAAUGUUGAUUUUAUAGCGACAUAAUACAUGAAAUGUUAACUAAUAUGCUGAAAUGUGUGUUUGCUUAGCAAGGUUUUGUUGUUAUCACAGCAUGUUUAACUAGCAUGCAGCGGAGAUUUACCAGGUUUCAAUCAUGCUACGGUACUGACAUUUGAAUUGGACUCAUUUUGACCGAGUUUGGUACAACGGUUGCUUAAUAAGUGCUUACUCCAAGGAAUGUUGGGUUUUUCUUUACAAUAAAUGUGCAGUAUUUUAAUACUGUGAAAGGCCCAUUCAUACAGUAUCGUAGUUAACACUUAGUAAUUCCACUCAUGAAAUAUUGGGCAUUCUUCGUGAAAUUUUAUAAACCGUAUUUGACAUCAAUGCUGACCUACGGUAUUGAGUUUCCAAUACGUUGUUUACUCCUUAAUGAUUAAUUUCGGGUCAAAUAUUCAUAUCAACUUUAGUUCUGAAUAGUUAACUCAAAGUUCGCACGUUAAUGUCUUCGAAAUUUAAAGCAAGGUAAGUUGCUUUUAUUUCCGAUAUAUCUGUAUUUGUCAGACUAAUCUUUUGCAUCUAAAUGAAAUUUGCAUGUCCCAUAUUAUCCUCUGGAAAUCGUAGAAAAUACCAUUCAACUAUUUCCAACCUAAUGUUCCUGCUUUUUACUCAUAUGCAAACAAGAUUUACUCACUUGUACUAAAGCUUUAGGGCUUUAGAAAUAAUAAAGCAAUUAAGUUAAAAUUGCGCUUCAUCUUUUAAAAGUAUCAUAUGUUUCGUGAAUAAAGUAGUUGUAUUAUUACAGGAUAUGUAAAUAAAUCACAAGGAAUGCAAUAUCCAAUUACAUAAGCGUGCCAACAUCGAACUAUACUUUGCAUAGGAAUUCUAAUAUUUAGGUCCUUGGAGUCAACAAUUGUUUGAGCAUUUCAUGGCCAGUUUAAGUGGGGCAUUUAUAUACCCUCUUAGAAUUCUCCGUCUACGAUGACAGUUUGGAUCAGGAACUGUAAGCUUUUACUGGAUUGACAAUGACGAACGCUGGAAAUUGACCACAUUAUGCAAUGCGCAGUUUCGAGCAAAGUAGACCUUCUUGCAUGAAAUGUUGAAGUAUGUCUCUGAGUAUCAGUGGCUACUUGAUGGAAUUGUAAUUUCAACAUCGUCCAGUCACGCAGGGAUGCUGACAUUUGAAUGGGAGUAUUUACGACUGAGUUGAGUAAAAUGACCGCAUAAUUGGUUUAUACCUUGGUGGAGGUUGCGCUUUUACCUUAAGAUAGAUAUAAGGUAUUUUGAAAGCUACUAUAUGUCUAUCCAUACAGUAUCGUAACCAUCCAAUUGAAUACGACCUCUCAAAGUCCUUAAUUAUUCAAGCAUUGCAUGGCGAGUUGAGUUGACGCAUUUUGACACUUUCUUGGAAUUCUUCAUUAUUUAUUCACGCCUAGGGUUUGCGAAGGCAGCUUACACGAGGGACUGUUUCCACCGUAAACUGCUCCCCUAUUUCUUCACAUAAUAGAAGGAUCCCGCCAAGACUAAUUAUAAUAUACUGACAACCAGUGAGGAGUUGUCAGCCGUGGAAAAUUAGAUCAAGUUAGCCCAAGUAUAGCAACGCAUAUGGACACCGGCCUACUCAGGAAAAAUGCCUUAGUAGUGAAUGAGAUGAAGUUCACUUUCCCAUAAAAUCGCCUCAUCGACGGGCAGGCGUGAUUGCGAAAUCAGUUUAAGUCUGCUUUCAUCGGAUUCUGUGAGAAAUAGUUUGUGCACAACCACUGAUAACACAUUUGGUCCCAGAUACAGGAGCAUUUAUGAGAUGCUAUCUGACUUCAUUCGUACUAGAAUGCAUUUUAAAUCGUUAAACAUUUCCAGAUUAAUAAAAUGUUUAUUCAUACGGAGGCAUAUCUGUCCAUUCAAAAACACUGCUCUUGAAUAGCACGACGUGAUCUAUGUUCAUAUUAAAAUAUAUGGAAACCUAUCUGAGAUUUCCUUAAUAACGUAAGUAAAUGUCUAAUUUUCUUGUAUGGAAGGCUUAAGGUAGGUGAAUAUUAGAUCCUUAGUAUUAGCACAACUGCAAUUUGGACAUAAGAUUUUGUUGUAACUUUAAGAAAACAGGAAAACAAAACCCUGCCGUUUGUCUAUGACGAAACACCUGUUAGAUAACGAUCAUGUUGUCAACACGAGAGCAUCUUUUCGAAUUCUUGUCCGAGCGCAUACAAGUCGAACCUUGCGUUAUUUGGAAGCAGCUUACAUACGGAGGUAGAAACCAGACCUGUGCAAGCAGUUAUAUCACGUGAUCAAUCUGCAAUUGCCCUGGUAAUCUCACGCCUCUAAUUUCCCCUGACUGUGAUUUGUUGUUAACAUUUCGUCUUCCUCAUUCCUAUAUGCCGCUUAUGUGGACGUCUUAUCUGAUUUUUCAUUGACUUGAACCUUGUCUUUGCUCUUAUGCACUGUUAUUCUGUAAAAAUUCCUAGUGCUGUGCGCUUUCAUUCGAUAGCAAUUUUAUGCAGAGACGGGCUGCAGUUGAAAAGCCGUCACGAAAUUUAUUGACCGCAAUAAAUUUUGUUGUACAUGCUUGUUUUCAAUUCAUACCGGGGAAAAAAUAUAAGGAAGACGUGAUUGUCUAUUGACUGUUUAAAGAAAGCAUAUUUUGUUUAUGGUUUCUAUAAAAUAUAUUUGAAUUUGCAAGACCAUCAAACAUCAAUGGGAAAAAGCAUGCUAAUUAUGUAGUCAUUUUUACCGAGCACGCUUUCUACAGGACAUUAAAAACAAGUGGAUUUAAAAGCCGACAUCCUGCAAAGUCCGAAAUGUUAUAAGAAUAUGCCUUAGGAUAAUCAGUUUUACAACCGCGACCAAGUAAUUCUUCCUAAUCGAAAACGCAUUUCAGAAUUUCAGCCAACAUUUCAUGAUAUCGGGCACUCACUGUACUUUAAUUCAUAAAUUAUUUCUCCAGGUUGAAUGGAUUGGAUGUGCUAAAGCACCUCAUAGUUGGCAUCGACUGUGCCAUUGAGUCCAUGGCACGGUAGUCCCUGUGAUACAUUCUCAUCUUUAAAAACUGCCAGCUUAUCCAGAGAGCGAAAAUCCAGCAGUGACUGUUUCAAGUACUCAUAUGCAACAUCGCCAAUGGUGAAACACAGAUUAGAACAUAACCCCACUUGUAGCGUAACAUUGCGUUUUUUUCUACCGACAAGACCGUCCGUUGAGUCUGAGCAAAUACUUAUGAUCUAAACCUAAUCUUCAAAUGGCAUUAAUCUGUACUUGAAGAAAAUGUUGAAAUCACAUUGAGAUAUGGUUGACUUGAGUAGACAUGAUUCCACGCAUGCAACAUGUAACGUCAGCAUCGUCGGUGGUUAACUUCAGUAAGUACUUUAUUAGGAGCAGCUAUGUGUGCACUCGGACAACCGAAAUUUAUUUUCGUUACGAGUCUGAAGCUGUGACAUUGCACACACUAGCAAGCACCUUUUUAUAUAUGGUUGAAGUACAUGCUCUCACUACGCCUUGGAUUAUCAAACAUUAUCUUUAAGCUUUUACAUCAAAUUAAACUGAAGUACUGAUGUCCGCAAAACUGACCUAUCAGCUUGCGUACCAUCUGUGUACUAAAGUAGAGCCACGAUAUAGAGACAACAUGUAUACCUGCCGAUCUAAAGAGAAAACGCUUCAUAUUUGUCCACGGACAAAUAAUUAGUCCAUUGCAGUUAAUAAAACUUCCGAUACCACUGUAAACUUAUAGGUGUGAUUGUUCACUAAUAAUUAUCAUGUUCAGGUUAAUCAAUUUUAGUAAACGUACUUUGCUCAACAGAACCAAAGAAAUGUUUGCCGAACUUCUGAAAUGUGUUUUUGAUUAGGAAGGAUUAAUUAGGUAGGGUUUAGUAAUUGACUAUCCACCGGCAGAAUCCUAAAGUAUUCUGGACUCUCCAAGAUGUAGGCUUUUGAAUAUACUUCGUUUUAACCUCUUGCAAAAACCACACUCAGUAAAAAAGGCUACUUAUUAGCGCGCAUGUUUACACUGAUUUUCGAUCUCUUAUACAAUCCAAAUAUAUUUUACAGAAAAUAUCUCAGAAAUGUGAGAUUUUUCUCGUUCGGCAUUAAUUAACAUUGAAUUUACAUUGUACAUCGCAAUAUUAGCAUAUUAAGGUUUCAGAAGUUUCUUAAUUCCCGAAUUUGUGUGAGUCUAAGCAGCCAUUACAUUAUAGUUCAUAGAAAUUUGCGGAGGAUCACUCAUCGCAGGGCAUUCAAUGCGGAUACGAUUGCAUUUUCUACCAAACGAGUAAAUGAAAGAAUAUUAUUCUGCCAUAUAGCUGCAAAGUAUGUUUGCAUUUAUAAGACCAUCAAAAAAUAAAUGGAGAAGGAUGCUUAAACCUACAUUGCAUUUUCCCGCGUUUUGUUUCUGUGGGAAGUUUACAUGACGUACAUUGAAAAGUUAACAUUUUGAGAAGUCUGAAAUACUAUUAAAUUAUGCGCCAUGACAAUCAAUCUGCAAUCCAAUAUAACUAAUUCUUACUGAAGUGAAACGCAUUGUAAAAUUCAGGCCACGAUUUUAUGAAAUCGUUCGUUCAUUGUUCACUUUCAGUUAUUCACCAACAGACCUAUACAUAAACAGAUGAUAUGGCAGAAUAAUCUGCAAAUGUUUGUUUAAGUGUUUACGCUGAACUUAAAUAACAGCGUUAAUAACUUUGAUCUGUACUAUCGCAAAUUUGACUCUUGAGAAUUGUCAUAUUAUUCAGAUACGACGCACGUUUGGACUCAAAUGUAAACUGUACAAGUUGGCAUGACGAUGAAUACAUUACUUAACCUUCUCAUUGAUUACAUUUGCUUCUUGAAAUUUUAACUUAACGUCCCAGCUAAAUAAAUUGUGCUGCCUGUUUAAUUAUUCAGCAGACAGAAUAUGCACACGGCAAAUUGUAACAAAAUACUGGCUUACUCAGUGAAUGAACCGGUUGUGUCCAGAAUUUAAAAAUACAUUAUCGUUUGAAGAUAAUGAGACAAUAGGAUGAGACGAUUUGCGGCAAAAAGGAGGAAAGACGGUUACUGCUAGUAAUUCGCCCUUCUGCAAUUUGUCAUGCUGCUUUAAAUUUUACAGAAAAGAAUAAACGACAGCGAUAUUUCUCAAUGCGAACAGAGUCCAUUAAACUUUCGUUCAGACGGUGCUGGUGAUCAUGUCGGUCAGCGUCGAACAGCCGCCGUCCCAUUUUUAGAUAAAGUGCAAAUCGCAAGGACAGAGAAGCGGAAUUGAUGUCAAAACUUCUUCCUGAAAAACAGGAUGUCAUUUACAUUCAACAUGCGUGGAAUGUCUGAGAAGCUACCCUGUAGACCAUAUUUCAUGGAAACAGUUGAAUCCGACCUGCAAAUAUAGGCUAGCCUUAUGCGAGACCAAAUAGAGCAUAGGACACACAGACAACAAAGACUUUCGAAAGUGCUGCAUGCCAAGUCUACAGACUGGCUGAGCGACGUGAGACGAUUUGCGCCAAAAAGGGAGAUUAACAGUAAUUUUUAAUAAUUUGCCAGUCGGCAAUAAGUGUUACCGCUUUAAAUUUUGUAGAAAUCAUCAAAGGACAACAACAUUGUUUAAUGCUUGCGGAGUUAACGAACUGUUCGGUCAGACAGUGCUGAUUAUCCCGUCUGUAAUAGCUUUCGGCUUAAGUCGUUUACAAAUACGGACAGCUGCUCUUCCAUUUUUUGUAUGAGGUGCAGAUCGCAAGGGCGGAGAAGCGGCAUAAAUGUCAAAACGCCUACCUGAAAACUGGAUAUCAUUCAAUCCCAAGUGUGUGGUGGAACAUGUGUGGAGUAUCCGAGAGGCAGCUCUAUCGAACAUAUUCCAUGGAAACUACUGAAUGUGACCUGCAAGCAUAGGCCAGGGCAUUGGACACACAAAAAACAAAGACUUUCCAAAGUGCUGCAUGCUAAGUCUACAGACUGGAUGACUGACGUGUAUGGUAUGGUAUCUGAUCAAGUCUCUCUGCAGGAUACCCAAUACGAGCUGCUUAGGUCAUUUAAAUCGAUGCUACACUGUUGGUUUUCAUACAUAAGUCAUAAGUACUCACAAUCAUUCUACGAAGAUCUUAAUAUGUCAUGAUCAGAUGUAGCCGUUACGGGGAGUGUUCAUGCAAUUCGGGUCAUUAUUUGUUUCUGGUUUAGCCUAGCCGACUAUUCUACCGUCUAUAUCAUCUCCACCGGUGAAUUUUUAAAGCUGGCAAUAAAACCUUCGGCACUAUAGACUGUAUUCCUAAAUGUAAAAUUGCUGGCAUGUCUUUUCAGAAAUCAUUUCAUGUUGAAGCUGCAGCACAAUUAUUUGAUUGGUUUUAUGCCAAGACAGAAAUAAAGAACACAGUAAAGAGUAACGAUUGUAAAUCCCAAUUCGCCUUCAUAUUACAUACGCACAGCUGCAGUUCCCCUGCACAUGCAACCUCUAGUUCACAGGCGACAUGUCAAAAAUAACUUGCUGGAAGCCGCAUUUGAUGCUAAUUGGUUCAGCUCAUUAAUGGUUUUUUUUCUCCACCGAAAAUCCGCAGGCCAUGGGGUGGUCCUUUUUCCCGGAGUGAUGCCUGCGUCUAUUCUGGAAAAAACAAUUCCAUCAAAAUGCAAUAUUCUUUCCUUUGACAGCUCACUCGAAAUGAUGUAAAAUUCAGCGACCGCAGAAAAGUUCAGAAGGUGAAAUUUCAUCAAAUCCGCUGUCCGAUACGGGAGUCCAAGCAACCUAGCCAGGCCAUCGUUUACCUGAACCCAGUUUAGGCAUGAUUUAGUUUUUGUUUUUAUUCAUCAAAAUAAAUUUGACAUAGAUUAUGCAAGUGCCUUUCAAACUUCUGUUUUGCUCGCGUAUUUUCAAUAAAAGCUAAAACGUUUCCUUUUAUACCGUUUCGGUUGACAUUGCAGCGUUAAAUUAAACGUUUACGUUUAAGUGAGGCAGCUUGCCUGUUAAACAGGGAUUGCCAUACUAUGAUAGCUAAAGCUUGUUUCAGCCCAGUCAGUCGUGAUCCAGAUUCCAUAAAUGAAUCAACAGCGCUUUAGGUAUAUACGUGUGGCACCACAAGGAGCAACUUUUUUCCAUAUAAUAAAUGCAUAAAAGUCUGGUCGCUGUCUCCUUUGAUACACUACAUAUCUUUGGGAAGUGUUGCUUUUAUCCGAAGCUAUUAGUCCAACAACGCAUAGAGUUUACUUAUUAUCCUUAAAAUAAACUUUUACGAAGCAGAUCAGAGAAUACCAAAAACAUAUUUGUAGCAGUUUAUCAGGCCAACGUCCAGGCACCAAAUAUGACAUACAAUAAAUACAACGCCAAACGCGUUUCAGAGCAGACCCAUUCUGCAUAGACCUAGUCGGUCGCUAUAUUUGUUUCCUUUCGAGCAUGCUUUGCAAUUAUACAGAGGAAACUUAUACAAAUUGUUAUAGGCCCCAGAUAUUUAAGGUGAGCAAGCAGUUCCAACAGCAGCAAAUGUGACUCGGCGGUUUUUGCCUUUCUGGAUAAAUGCGCAUAUAGAAUAAUUUAAACCGGCUUUUUCAAUUAAACGAUAAAAUAGCAUAUGAUAGGCAUAAAGAAAUACGAAUCAAAUUAAAAGUGUUUACCUUCAGAAGAACGUUGCAGUCAAUGCGUGAAAAAAAUAAGAGUACAUUCAAGUCUUACGAUUGCGGCUCCUUCAGUGUUAUUUAUAAGGAAGCAUGCACGAAGUACUGGGUGAGGCUGAAUAAUCAUUCGGAAUUGAGUUUUGCUGUUGUCUGUGUACGGAAGGUCUUCUGAAAAUUCGGGAGUCGCAUGCAUUCUAUUCAGUAAGAUAUCGGAAAUAAAGACGUUCCCUCCGGUACGUGGACAGAGUGGCCAGGCUUAUUAAGCGGACAUAAGAAAGUUACAUGUAGAAGUCAAUUUAGGUAUGCUUGUUAAAUGUUAAAAUACUGUUUAAUUAUAAAACAAAUCAACGUUCAUAUUCGUUUUGAGUAGGCGAAAAUGCGACAGAUGUGCAGUAGGUGGGCCAACUCGAGAUAUUGAAUAAUGCGACACGAUCGCCGGGACAAUAGCUUUUUUAGCCUGACGUUUCGGAUUCCUACUCGAAUACGUCAUCGAAGACAAAAAAACUUUUUAUCGAAAAUUGUUCAGCGUGCAGCGUAUUAUUCUUAUAAAUCAGUUAGUUUAGGAUGCCGUACGUUUGGGUGGAUAUUUUAAGCAUGAAAAGCAUAUACCCUGUAAAGAAUGACUACUUAUACAGCAUGCAUCUUACUUGUUGAUUGGUGAUACGCUUAAAAUGCAAUUAUAUUUAUGCAAAGCUUAAUUCAUAAUAUUCAUUAUUUUUCUUAUUUCGUAGGAACUUACACCUUCUUCAAAUCUUGUAUUCAAAAAGGACAUAAUCUGGUUUUUAAAGUUUUCAAAUUUGCGAUUCUUUAAUAUCGCCAAAUGUCCAUUUAUAAAAUUUAAUGUAGUUGCAUCUACCAAAUUGGCCUUUAAGGUCACCAAAAUGGCUCAAAUACACUGAUAAGUUUUAUGAUCCCCAUUUUUUCUUCCAAUACCGUGGAGAAACAUAUGGUUUUCUGCACGCAUCAUAUAAGAAUCUUGUAGUUUGGAGAUUAAAAAACGCAAGUGUAAGGGCUAAUCGUGUUAGAAAAAUAUUCGGGAAUUAGGAAAGUUUUAAAAUCCGAAUCAUCCGCUUUUUUCCAGUAAACAUUGAAAGAAAACAUAGUGUUCCAUCGAAUGAGCAAAGGACUUAAUAUUCGUAUAAUAUUUCGUAUGCAAUAUAAUUGAAUUAUUUUGGGCACGGAAAACCAAUGGGAAAAAUGUCUCCUUUUAAUGUAUUUACUUGAUACAGAGUGCGGCAUUUCUAUGCAACCGGACAAAACUUCGUUCGAAAGGCCGCAUCUUGGGGUAAUUAAAUUGAUGUAGACAUAUGCUGUAUGAUGACCAAGUGGUGAGGUACCUGACUAAUUUACCUUUGACAACUUACUCCCAUUUUCUUUGACCGGAUUGCUUGUUUGAAUGUGACAAGAAACGACACACAUGUACAACCCGCCUUGCUACCGUGUUCCGUGCUCUAUUGUUAAGUUUUCUUAACGUUCAAAUUAUCUAUAUUAUUCACUGUUCCGUUUUACUUGCUGCCUUUAAGGCUAGGGGCUAGUGAGAUAUAACUCGCUAGUUCGUGAGAACGUUACGUCUUACGACAUUGAUAACUCCCGCCGUUAACGCAGACUAUACCUUUCUGUCGUACUGCAUAAGAUUUAAGGUUUUUUUGUUUGUGAAUAUCUAUCCAAUUUGCAUUUACUUUCCUCACGAAUUCUGAUAUUUUGCCACCUCUCUCUAAUUAUGUCUCACUCCAAUCAACAACUUGAUGUCCCCGCCCAAUUUUACCUUGCCUUAAUUCCGGCAACACGCUCCAGAACUUUACUUCAUCCGCAUAGAAUCAGCCUUUUAUUCUGCCAUCCUUACCAAGGAACUAGCAAAAUACCACAAACUUGUGGAGGUCCUCCCCGCUAGUGUCAUCUCUCAAGUUCAGUCCUUGCUAGCUAAUCCUCCUGUUGAUGCUCCUUUCUCCAGGUUAAAGGCGGAAAUUCUACGACUUAAUUCUGUAUCUGACCGACAGCGGUAUCAUCAGUUAUUUAAGGAGGAGUCACUGGGUGAUCGGAAGCCUUCAGAGCAUCCACGUCGAAUGCGAUCUCUCUUUGGAGACAUGGAAGUAGACGAUAAACUUGUCAGGGACAUUUUCCUAGACGGUCUGCCCGCAGAUGUUCAGGCAAUCCUGGCUUCCGCCUCUGAAGACCUUACGGUCUCACAGCUGGCUGAGAUGGCGGAUCGAAUAAUAGAGGUUCAGCGAUUCCAGCCACCAUCCGUUGCCAGGAUCUCCUCAUCUUCAUCGUCAGUGAAUAAAAAUUUAUUGAAACAGGUUUCGGCCAUGGCGGAUGACAUGGCCUACCUUAAAAUACAGCUCGAACGCAUAGCUUCCUGUCGCUCACACAGCCGUCGUCGUUCUCGUUCGCGACCUCGGACUGCUGAUACUUGAUGGUAUCACACUAAUUUCGGCGUAAAGGCCCGUCAUUGUUCCUCACCCUGCUCUUUUAAACCGAAACAGGGAAACCAGUCAGCCAGAGAAUAGAUGCGACCGUUUUUUCUGGCUGUUCCGGCUCUGGUAGCACCUUCUAUGUUUCCGACACUGCGACUCGCAGACGUUUUCUUGUGGACACUGGAGCCCAAAUCAGUGUUGUUCCCCCAACUGCAGCUGAUCGUCGUUUCCCUAGCACUGGUCUUAUUCUUCAAGCUGUUAACUGUUCCCCGUUCCCACUUUUGACAGUCGUUCCUCACCCUGAACAUUUGCCUUCGUCGGUUAUUUGCCUGGACCUUUUUGAUUGUUGAUGUCCCUCAUGCAAUCCUCGGCUCGGACUUUCUUGCCGAGUUCGAACUCCUUGUUGACUGCCCACGUGCCCGUCUCCUCGACCGCACUACCGGUUUGUUUUUUCGUGGACUAAGUCUCUUUACUGCCCCCACCAACUUAUCUUUCUUGAAUACGGUUAUUGCUAGUCCUUUUCGGCAACUGGUGCUUAGUCAUCCCAAAAUAAUUAACCCACAGAUUCGCAGUGGUGAAGUUCAAAAUGAUGUUGUGCACCACAUUCGCACCUCAUGUCCUCCCCUGUUUGCUCGACCGAGACGACUAUCACCGGAGCGUUUUUAGGACGCAAAGGCGGAGUUUGAACACAUGCUGCAAUUGUGAAUAAUUCGACCUUCCGAGAGACCUUGGGCGUCUCCACUGCACGUGGUGCCCCAGGCAACAUCGGGCGACUGGUUAUCCAGUGGCGACUAUCGUGCCCUCAACAGCGCUACCAUUCCUGAUCGGUACCCCGUGCGUCAUCUUCAGAACUUUGCUGGAGCCCUUUUUGGCAAAGCAGUAUUCUCGAAGAUUGAUCUGGUGCGUGCUUUUCAUCAGAGUCCAGUCGCCACUGCGGACAUCCCUGAAACCGCCGUCACCACACACUUCGGUCUCUUUGAGUUCGUCCGCAUGCCGUUUGGUCUUCGCAAUGCCGCUCAAACGUUCCAAAGGUUCAUUGACCAUGUCUUGCGUGGCCUACCCUUUGUGUACGCCUACAUUGAUGACCUCUUAAUGGCCAGCCGGAAUGAAGAAGAACACAAAGAACACCUUUCCUUGGUGUUUGACCGCCUUGACAAGUUUGGCGUUGUCAUCAACCCCUCCAAGUGCGUGUUGGGUGUGCCUUCGCUGGAGUUCCUUGGUGACAAGUUCGAGUCUAAAUGUUUGCAUUCCCUCCCAUCCUAGGUUGAAGCAGUUCGUAAUUUUCCUCCUCCAACUUCCAAGCGUCAGUUACAGCGGUUCCUCGGCAUGGUCAAUUUUUACUGUCGGUUCCUACCAAACAGUGCUGACCUCAUGCUGCCGCUCACCAACAUGUUUUCUUGUCCCAAUGGUCCCCUCGAGCUAACUGGUGAAGUACUGACUGCUUUUGAGAGAAUCGAGAAUUCCCUUGCUGAUGCUACCUUACUCACACAUCCCGCUCCCGAAGCUCAGUUGUCUCUGAUGGAAGAUGAUUCGACCGUAGCCGUAAGUGCAGCCCUUCAACAACGCAUUGCUGGUUAG